GGCGUGUGUGGGCCAGCUGGUUGCAGCGCAUGAAGGGCUGAACGAACUGCGGCAGGCAUGUACACGCCCUUGGGCGUGGGGCUCCCGGUUUGGUGAAGCGUGUGUGCAAAUGUAUGUGACUGCUGUGUGGCGGCGGGUGCUGCACUGGAGUACGCGGGCGCGCCUGCCGUCGCCCCUGCCGGGGCCGGCGGCGUCGCCUCAAGAGGCGGCCGACCGGUUUGCGGCGGCGGUGGCCCUUCUCUCCGCUGGCUGGGCUGCCGCGCGCCGCGCGUGCCGCCCAGCUGGCUCGGAGGCUUGCCGCCGCGCUGCCGCUCCCGGCGGCCGACAUCGCGGGGACCGUGCUACAAAUGGCUCCACAGUUAGCCGCCCUGAAGGCUAAGCAUUUGCAGUAUGUGUGCGAUGCGGGUGUGUCGGGGGUGGGGCCUGCCCUGGCGGCGGGGGUCUUCGUGUCCACCUUGGCCCGCUUGUGGUCGCUGAAAUGGGAGGAUCGUCAUAAGGAAGCACUGUGGCGUGUGGCCGCCAACGCUUGCUGGGGCGUUUCCACGGGAAAAUAUGGGAAUGGCUAUGGGUUUCAUGCCAGAGGAUGCUUUAAGUGCCUUCUCUCGUGAGGAGUUGUGGUUAGUGCGUACGCCUGCGGGGCUUGCGCCACCUGUGUGGGAUGUGGUGUGUCUCGCUGCUAUGUCUGCCCUGGACUUUGGUCGGCAGCGUGUGGUUAUGGCCGGGCUGGCGGCGCGAGCGAAGCUGCCGUCGGCCCGGGUGCUGAGCAUUGGACUUGCCGUCGUAGCUGACUUCUGGGGUCGUCUCCAGACGUUCGUGACUUUGGUUAUCAGGCCAAAGGGUUGGGACACUGUGCCGUCUGCGCAUCCUUUCAUCUCUCGGGCUGUUGGUGACGGCAUGGUUUUGCGCUUGCCGUAUGACGCUGAUUCCCCGCCUCCCUCACCGUGAGAGGUUGUGCGUGGUUGGUGGCUUUGUGUGUGGGCAGAAUGCACGUGUGGGCGACCGUUCUAGUACCUGGACGCUGGCGCCCUGGUUAGUGCGUGCGCUGUGUGUGUGUCCUGCGGCCUAGACGUUUCCCGGCACUUCUGUGCCUAGGCUUGUGGCGUUGAGGCACAGCGGUGGGGCUCUGGCGGGUUGAGGCUUGGCUAGGACUCACUGUGCGCGGAGUCACACAGACUUUGUCCGCGGGAGGGUUUGCAGCAAAGUCGGGGUUGGUGGAGUCAAGUUGGGCCCUGAUAGCAUGUGAUGGCUCGGCGUCUUCGGGUGCUGGGACUGUCCCCUCUGUAACAUCCGCAUUCA